AUGGCAAACGUGGCGCCGGCUCCAGUAUCAGGAGCCUCGGGUGACGUUUCACCAACAGGCGUCUCGGGUUCUGCAACCAACUCCAAGAUGAGGAAGAGGACCAAGACUGGAUGUCUCACCUGUCGAAAACGCCGCAUAAAGUGUGGUGAGGAGAGACCUACCUGCGCCAAUUGCAUCAAAUCCAAACGUCAGUGCGAGGGCUACAACCAGAGAGUCAUCUUCAAACCCCCAAUUGGAGAUUGGCCAAAUCAUCCAGGCGUGGUCAGCACUAUCCAGUAUCACACUUCGAUGCUUCCAGGGACACGCAAUCAAUCGUAUCGCGGGCCUGAGCCCGCUGCCGCUAUGCAAGAGAGCAUGCUUGGUUCGAUCCAGCCCCGCAUGCAUGGCAGCUACGACUUCUCACAUAUCGACCCGAGCUCAGGCCCAGGACCUUCAGAUCACCAACAAGGUUUCACUGAAGGGAACCCCAACUAUUCACAUGAGCAGGCUUAUCAGCAGCCGCUGCCAUCUCCUCUUCAUCAACAGCCGCUCCAAUCGCCAAACCACCAAGUACAUAGCCACACUCCAACCGCUUCAUAUUUUCCGCCGCCUCCGACAAUGCACACAAGUCCACAAACGCCAUUUAGACACGAUUCGCACAGCACCUACCAAGCGCCCCUUCAAUAUACCCAGAAUGCACCAUAUCCACCCGUUUCGGUCCCAUACAACCACGAAUCCAACCUCAAGGCCACAGUUACUCAGCCUCCGCCAAUCUACCCACAAACCUAUCGAUCUGAUAGCCAGCAAGCCGAAGGUACUUAUCGGGAUCAUUCCAGUGUAUCCCCAAGAAGCGACCAACACCCCCGUUACACAGAGGCACCGCCAGGGGUGCAAAGAUAUGAGAGUCACCCGCAAGCCCCUGUGCACUCUAUACAAGGAACUCCGGCAAACUUCAGCCAGAUUGGAAAUCUUAACUAUCCAGCAGUUUCUCACGCUGACUUCAGUCAUGCAAGUUAUCCUUCUGUUCAGAUGCCUAUUCAUGAUAUGACCCCAGAUGUAAAGUAUAUGUCUCAGCCCGUCCUCGAACAACCUUACGCCGUAUCACAAGCGCAGCAACCUCAACCGCAACUCCUUCUUGAUGGCUUUGGCGGUGACGACCACGUCAGUCCUACACAAGUUCUCGACGAAGCCGCAAUCGAAAAUGAAGAUGACGAUUACUGGGAUGUCCAGUCCGACGAAGACAUGUUUGAUGCGGAGACCGCGGAGGACGAGAAGGCUUUACUUGCGACUAAAGAAUUCGACACCAUCCGUCGCAUACACUUUGAGAACUACAACGAGCUGGGGAUAAGGCGGUAUGAUGCAUUCCUAUAUGAUGGAUUACUAUCGGACUAUAGACCAGAAUAUGCAGCAAGUCCUCUACGCAAUCCCAAGACUGCGAGGGUCUUUGCACACUACAUUCAUGUGACUGGACCAACUUUAUCAAUGUACGAACGAAACCCUCGAAACCCUACCCUCAUCUUCGAAGGUUCUACACGACCCGCUCAGCAAGGUCUUUGGACAUACACAUUGCCUAUGAAGGCUCUCAGUCAUCAGGGAUUGUUGCACGCCAUGCUAGCGCUCGCGAGUUUGCAUAUUGCAAGAUUGCAAGGCGCCUCCAUAACACCAUCGUACAAACAUUAUGCAUACUCCUUGAAACGACUCGUCCGUUCUCUCAGCAAUCCUAAGAAACGUUUAUCGACCCUUACGUUAGCCACCUCCUUGCUUUUGGCGUUCUACGAAGUUUGGACGGCAGAGCAUGUCAAAUGGGGUACACAUCUUAUCGGGGCCCAGCGCCUGAUCACUGAACUCGACUUCCGAUCACUCACGCGCGAGGCGAGGCGUUUGCGAGCGGCUCAGACUGCCAUGGAACGAAGUUUCCCAUACCAAAACCCUGAGAUGCUCAUCGACCAGAGGCAGUUUGAUCAGAGGCUUAAAGACAGUGCUUUGACGCCAGAUCAGAGUCUUGUAAGCACAAUUGUUGGUAACAAUGUCAAUUAUGACGAUUUCGGAAUGGUCUUCGAAGACAACGGCGCAAGGCACGACACAAGACCUAAGAUACCUGCGAAGUUGGACCUGCAUAGCUACGAGACACUACAGGAUAUAUACUGGUCAUAUGCUAGACACGAUGCUUAUCAAAGCAUCAUCAGCGGAAAUCGCCUCAUUAAUCCUUAUCGUAAAUGGUCAGAUUGCCCUCCAAGAGCCCCGCUUGGCCGAACCGAUGCUCUCUAUGGCUCUCAUGACCAUAUUAUCCUUCUUUUAGGUCGCAUCGCAGACUUCACUGUCAGGGACCGUAGUCGCAAACUCCGACAAAUAGAAGCUGACGGUGGAUGGCGACCUCGCCCUGGUAUGCCUGGUUUCGGGAACAUGAGACCGCCCCCAGGCGGUUCUCAUGGUCAGCAGCAGAUGCCCACGAGCGCUACAGGUCCUCCACCUCAAAUGCAAGGCCCACUACCAGGAUGGAAGGGACCACCGCCGCCAGGCUGGACAGGCCAGGCUCCACCACAACCUCCCCCGGGUUUUGGACCGCCAUCUAUGUCGGCUGCAAACCCACCCCAGGGUGGUUCACCUAGACCACCAGCUAUGCCCAGCUUUUAUGGAAUGGCGCCAUCAGCAGGACCAGGACCUAUUCUUUCCAGUUACGAAAACCCUAAUUAUGAACGUUCACCACAGACUCCAAACGCGCCCCACCCUCAACAUAGUGAUCUGCCUGCUGAAUAUGAGAAGGCUAUUUUGGAAUGGGAGAGUAUUACCAAUGCACAUACUGCAGUUGUGCAUGUCUUGGAACAGACUGAUGCUUUCGCACCAUUGCCAGAAGACACCUACCCACCAGCGCCAGGAGAAUAUCCCAGUCAACAAGGAAACAUGACACCCUUUGGCCCAGCUAUUCUACAUAGAAGCUACGACAUAUCCAUUCUAUGGACAAUAAUCCACCUCUCCAAGAUCAUCCUUCUACGAUCUCACCCGGGUAUGCCACCCGCUGCUCAAAUGGCGGCUGGUGUAUGCGCAUCCGCCACAGCCCCAUACUGCAUGCUCAUCGGCCGCAUAUGUGCUGGUUUUCAGAUGCCCAUCGAUUCGGACCUCUCUCCCUUCCUUGGCGCAGUAUUGACAGAAUCUACGUUAUCGCUUUUCUUCGCUGGCAUUACGUUUCAGGAUCCGCGACAACGUGAGUGGCUUAUCACCAGGUUAUUAGAAACGGACAAGAGGACAGGUUGGGCCAGUGCAGGGAUCAUCGCAAAAGGGUGUGAGACGGCCUGGGAAAAGGCGGCAGAGAUGGGAAGAGGGCCGCCGUACAAGAGGAGGACGAAACGGGUUCAAGCAGUCAGCGUUGACAUGGAAGAAGAGGAGGCCGAUGGAAGGAAUAGGGAGCCAGGAAGAGUACAAGAAAUACACGGAGAGACAAGAUAUGUGGUGAAGAAGCGGCCACCGCCAUGGGCUAUGAAUUUGUUAGGCACCGAGGAGGAUCUCCGAGCUGGGAUGGAGAGAUUUGGGUUGUAA